UUUUAUUUUAUUCUUUUCUUUAACUACUCUGUAUACCUGUUCAGUGCGUUUACGUGCUCUGCCCAUCACGGCGUUAGCUCUUACAUAAAUGACAAUAAUACCCCAACAAUCUUCUUAGAAGGGAAGAUCCUACUCUAUUUGUCUUGGGGAGAAAAAAGACUUUUACGGCAACUUUACCAUCGAGUCACCUCCACGAAUCUCUAUCUUCAUUUUCCUGAUCGGUUUCUUCUAACCCUAACGAAUUUCGCUCUCCGCGCUAUUGAAAUUUAUACCUUUUUUUUGGGUUUUAGUUAUUAUUAUUAUUAUUUUCCGAGAAUUGUUAAGUUUAGGAUGGUGAGUCGUUGAGACGUUUGGAUCGCGAUUUUUAUGGCGGCGGGGACAAUGGCGACCGCCGCCGGAGCUGCGGUGAUUCUGUAUUUGGUUUUGAGUCGGAGGCUAUCGACGAAAGGUGAAGAAGACGAUGAUAGGAGUGGAGCUUUUACGAAAUCGGCCAGAUCGUUGAAGAGGAGGCUUUCACGGCGACCUGCUCAGGCUCCGGCGACGUGGCUCGAGUCCAUCACAACGUUGUCGGAGACUCUGAGGUUUACGUAUUCCGAGACAUUGGGCAAGUGGCCGAUUGGCGACUUGGCUUUCGGCAUUAAUUAUCUCAUGCGGAGGCAGGGAAAUUUACACGUUGCGAGUGUGUAUGCUGGUAGUAAUUCUGUACGGCUUAAAGGUCCUGAAAUUGUUUCGGAGUUGAAUUAUUACUUAAGAUUGUUGACCCUUUGUAUAUUUUUUUCGAAAAAGCCGUUCCCGGUGUUUUUAGAGUCCGCCGGUUACUCUGAGGAGGAUGUUCUUCUUCAGAAGCCCAAGGCUGGGUUGAUGAAGCCUGCUUUCACAAUUAUACGUGAUAAAGAUUCGAAAUGCUUCCUUCUAUUGAUUCGUGGAACUCAUAGUAUCAAAGAUACGUUAACAGCAGCAACUGGUGCUGUAGUCCCUUUCCACCACUCGGUUUUGCAUGAUGGUGGGAUUAGCAACUUGGUUCUUGGUUAUGCUCACUGUGGGAUGGUUGCUGCAGCUCGCUGGAUUGCUAAGCUUAGCAGUCCUUGCUUGCUCCAGGCUCUUGGUGAAUAUCCUGACUAUAAAGUUAAGGUUGUUGGACAUUCACUUGGUGGUGGUACAGCUGCACUACUUACUUACAUUUUUCGAGAACGAAAGGAGUUCUCCUCGAGCACUUGCAUCACAUUUGCCCCAGCUGCUUGUAUGACAUGGGAGUUGGCAGAAUCUGGCAAACACUUCAUUACAAGUAUCAUCAAUGGCUCCGAUCUGGUGCCCACAUUCUCAACAGCUUCUAUUGAUGAUCUUCGAUCUGAGGUAACAGCAUCAUCUUGGUUAAAUGAUUUGAGAGAUCAGCUUGAGCACACGAGGAUACUGAAUGUUGUCUAUCGCUCUGCAACUGCUGUAGGGUCUCGUCUACCAACCAUAGCUAGUGCAAAAGCCAGGGUUGCUGGUGCCGGUGCACUUCUGAGACCAGUAUCCAGCAGCACACAGGUUGUAAUGAAGCGUGCACAGAAUGUUGCCGAAGCUGUUGUUAGAACCCGCUCAUCUUUAUCAUCAUGGUCUUGCAUGGGUGCACGCCGUCGAAAUGUGGGCCCUUUAUUAAAUUCUAAAGAAGAAGAUUUGCCUGAAGUUUCUCUGAUAGCCGAAAACUCUGAAUCUUUGGAUGUUGGAGGCAUUGCCAGAGACUUAGUUCUGGACAAUGCAGAAUCUAGUUCUUCAAGUGGUGGAUCAGGACACGACGAUACAGAUGAAGAGGAGCAGCUUAUUCCUGUGCCGAGAGUCACCACUACAUCUGUCGUAGAAGACAUUACUGAAGGUGAGUUGUGGUAUGAACUGGAGAAGGAGCUUCAGAGACAGGAGAAUAAAAUUGACAUUGAUGCAGAGGCGGAAGAAGCAGCUGUAGCAAUAGAAAUAACUGAAGAGGAAAAUAAGCUGGUUGAUGGUGUGGAGAGCACUACGGCAGUUUCUUCAACGGAUGCAUCAGAGAAUCACCAUCUCUACCCCCCUGGCAGAAUCAUGCACAUUGUUGCAGUCCCUCAAUCUGAUUCUAACAAUUUAGAUGAUGAGGGACCCAGUGAAGAACACGUCGGUAUAUAUGAGACACCAAGAGAACUGUACAGUAAACUUCGACUCUCUAGAACUAUGAUUAAGGAUCACUUUAUGCCUAUGUAUAAGAAGAUGAUGGAAAUGUUAAUUAAGGAACUGGAAAUUGAUGAUCAAAUCAGUUGUGUUAUUUGAAAAGAAACAGAAUUAAAUAGUGAAAGGUUAUGAAUUACAAA